UCCCGAGCAAACAUCGCGGCCGCCCGCGGUGGCACACCUCAGAUGUUGCGGCAUUUACGCCCUCCAGCGAAGAGGCCCGGACCCAAAACGCCCGGUUACCCUGAUGCUGUCCGGGUCAGGUUCCAAAACUACAGCCGAAAACUCGACAAGACCCAGGGUCUCAACCUAAACCCUACAGCACAGUGAUCUAGCGAAAUUGCGGGAAGAAAUGGCGAAGAGGAAGUCCAAGGCUCAAAAGGGGGACGUCGAUGGCAAGACUGCCAAAGAACCCGAGGGUGAGCUGGAAUCCCAGUGCCUAAGCAAGGCGCCGGGGCCGAACGGAAUUAGGACCGGAUCGCCUAUUCCAAUGAUGGAUUCAGAUGGGUUGAGUCGACCAGGCAUCGGGACCCGAGCAAGACUUGAAGAGUCUUCUGAGGAAGCUGCGAAGCGUCUCGAUAAGCUGCGAGAUGCAGUGAGGACCAUGCUCGAAUGCGUAGGCGAGGAUCCCGACCGACUAGGAGUCCUCAACACUCCCGAACGAUACGCCAAGGCAAUGAUGUUCUUGACCAAAGGAUAUGGGCAGAACGUCCAGGACAUUGUCAACAACGCCAUCUUCCACGAGAACCACCACGAGAUGGUGGUUGUCAAGGACAUUGAGAUCUUUAGCAUUUGCGAGCACCACAUGUUGCCGUUCAUCGGGAAGAUGCACAUUGGCUACAUCCCCUACCACUCUGUCAUUGGGAUCUCAAAGCUGGCUCGGAUCGCCGAGUUGUUUAGCCGGCGGUUACAGAUCCAAGAGAGGCUGACCAAGGAGGUCGCAAACACCGUCAUGGAAGUGCUUCAACCACAGGGCGUGGCUGUGGUUAUGGAAUCGUCUCAUCUAUGUAUGGUGAUGCGGGGCGUGGGGAAGUCGACGGCGACGACCCUCACUAGCUGCAUGCUGGGCUGUUUUGAGGCAAAUGAGAAGACGAGGAAUGAGUUUCUCAACUUGGUUGGCAUCAACAAAUGACGAUAGAGCCGGAGACGCAUUGCAUUAGAGGUGGUUGGGGUUUAGGUUAGGUACUCGAAGACACGUGGU